GGUAGCUGGUGCAAUGUGGCGGCGAGGAGCUGUCAGCCUCUAAUGACAUUGUCUCUUUCUUGCAGUCAAGCACCCUGACAAAAUGGCUAAUGACCAAGAUCGGCACGGGGAUGGCUCGUACUGGCCGGUGGACACCAACCUGAUCGACAGGAGCAUUCUGAACGAGCCCCCCAUUGGGCAGAUGCACCCUCCCCACAGCAGCAUCACGCCCCAGAAGAACAGCAACCUCCUCAUCAUCAUCAUCAUCACCGUCAGCGUCAUCACGGUGGUGGUGGUGGUAGCGGUGGCCGUCAUCUGCACCCAGCACUCCUCGGCGCAGCAGAGGAAGAAACAUGCAACCCAAAGCACUGGUAAAAGGAAGGGCAGCCAGAAGGACUUGAGACCUCCAGAUCUCUGGAUACACCACGAGGAGAUGGAAAUGAAGAACAUCGAGAAGCCGACGGGCUCAGACACCACAGGAAGGGACUCGCCGAUGCAGAGCUGCCAGGACAUCACUCCCGUCAGCCACAGCCAGUCGGAAACGCAGCUGGGCAGCAAGAGCACCCCGCAGCCCGGUCCUGAGACAGAAGACAUCGGAAGCAGCAUGUCCACGUUGGAGCGCUCCCUUGCUGCCCGCAGAGCCACCCGUGCCAAGCUCAUGAUCCCCAUGGAUUCACAACCAACCAACCCUCGUGAGUACCAGGACCUUCCCCCGGCCCCCUUCUGCACCCCCCAAGCCACCCUCGCCCACCUGAAGAUCUCCUACGCUGUGGUCAGUGCCAUUCCAGUGCCAACGCUAGAAAGUGCCCAGUAUCCCGGGAUCCUGCCAUCCCCGACCUGCGGAUACCCGCACCCGCAGUUCACCCUGCGGCCGGUGCCAUUCCCGACCCUCUCUGUGGACAGGACCUUUGGAGCAGGAAGAACUGUUAAUGAAGGCCCAGCACCGCAGCAGCUGCCCUUGCUGCCGCAGACGCAGCCUGAGCACUCCAACAGUGAGGAUGCCCCGAGCAGAAUCAUCCCCACCGCCUGUGUCCGCCCUACGCACCCUCUGCGCAGCUUUGCCAAUCCCUUGCUACCUCCGCCCAUGAGUGCAAUAGAACCGAAAGUCCCUUACACACCGCUUCUGUCUCAAACAGAAUGGGAGUGGAGAGAGAAAGGAAUGAAAAAGGGACAGCACGUCACCGGCAGUUCUGGGUCUUUAACACUACUCACGGGCAUGAUGCCCCAGCCGUAG